GGAACGGAUGAAGUUUGCUGAAGUUGUUUCUGUGGGCUAUAAAUAUACCUCUCAGCCUCCAUGUUAGUUGUAGCCGUCAGUCCGAUAUGAGUGGAACAAAUGUUGCAGUUACCCACGCCAGAAAGGGUUCUGACCCUCUGGUGUCAACAGCGCGAGGAAAAUUACAAACCAAGAGAUCCAAAAUCAAUGACCAGAUCAACAGGGAGCUGAGGAUGAGGAAUGGUGCUGAAAAUCUGUUCCGAGCUACUGGUAAUAAAAGACUAAAGGAACUGGUAGCUGUUGAAUUGUCUUUUUUCAACUCCAAUAUCCAACUUCUCAAAGAAGAACUGUCAGAGCUGAACAGCUCUAUGGAAGUUUAUCAACAUGACAGUAGUGCAGCUUGCAUUCCCAUGAUUCCACUGGGUCUGAAGGAGACAACAGAAUGUGACCUGACUGUCCCUUUAAAGGACUUUAUCCUGGAGCACUAUAGUGAAGAUUCUGAAAACUACACAACAGAGAUUCAGGAACUGCUUGAUUUGCGACAGGCAAUAAGAACUCCUCAGCGUAACGAGGACGGCAUCAACCUUCUUACAGAAUACUUCAAUCAGCUGUAUUAUGUGGAGCGACGAUUCUUCCCUCCAGACAGAGUCAUCGGCUGUUACUUUCACUGGUAUGACUCAUUGACGGGCGUGCCAAACACUCAGAAGACCAUGGGCUUUGAGAAAGGCAGCAUCUUGUUCAACAUAGCAGCAUUACAUACUCAGAUUGGCUGUAAGGAGGACCGCACCAAUGCCACUGGUCUACAAUAUGCCAUUAAUAGUUUCCAGAAGGCUGCUGGGACAUUUCGUUAUCUUCACAAUCAUUUCUCUAACGCACCUAGUAUGGACAUGCAGCCGCAGACUCUAACAAUGAUGGUCCAGCUCAUGAUGAGUCAGGCCCAGGAAUGCGUGUUUGAGAGCAAAGUUCUCGGUGGUGUGGAGGGAAUUCUAAAUCACGUUAAAGCUGCCCAGGAAGCCAUUGUGGUAUCACAGAUGUAUGAUGACACACAAGUUCUGAUGGCCUCUGAGCCCAUGAAGGAUUACAUCCCCUACUCCUGGCUGUCCAUGACGCAGGUGAAAUCUCAGUACUACAUGGCUAUCGCCCAUGAACAUAUGGCCAGUGCAAUAUUGAACCACAAAGACAAUAAUGACCACAUCAAACUCGGACUGUACAUGGCUGCUCAUCAGAACUCGGAGGUGGAUGAUGACAACAACAAGGUGGAAACACCUCGCACAGACAAGGAGAGACUCACUCAUGGCAAGGCACACCUAAAGGAAGCUCUGAUGAGUCAUGAGGAGGCCUUACGAUUGCAUGACUUGUGUAAACAACUCCGUAAGAUUGACCAGUUCCUCGGCAUUCUUAAGCCUGCACAUGAAAGGUGUCUAGCAAGCUUCUCAGAAUUGGAAGAAGAAGACGAUUUCACAGAAAUUUUCAUGUCUCCAAAAAUCCAGCCAAAGUCGGAGCGUCCUGUCUCCCCUACGGCACCCGAGUUUACGAAGAUCAAAGUGACAGACAUAUUUCAAAAACUGGGCCCUGUGUUAAUUUUUAAUGCCAAAAAUGAGUGGUCAGCUCCUCGGACUGUGGUGCUUGACCGCAGUGCUGUCCAGGGAUUUGGCUUCAGUGUUCGUGGUGACUGUCCAGUUAAAGUUGCAGAGAUUGAAAUGGGUAGUGUUGCUGAGGCCAGUAAGUUGAAAGUUGGUGAUUUUGUGGUGGCUGUGGGAAGUAAAGACGCCAAAUGGUUAAGACAUGAGGAGGUUGUGAAUUUAGUGCGACAAUCUGGUAGUCACCUUGAACUCACAUUAGUAACUCCCAUAAACAAUAGUAUGCUGGAAACCCCGCGCCCAUCUUCUACGCCAAGUUCUCCAGGAACACCCAUGCGGAUGCAAAGCCCAGGAGAGAGUGUGUCUAGUCACAGUGUGAAAAGCAAUCGUAGCAGACUUAGUGCUCCCUGGAUUUUUAUUCGUAAAGGAUCCAAAGAAAAACAAGAAAAGCCAGAAAAGAGCAAAGAAUUUGAAGAUGGAGAUUUGUUUUUGCGAUAAUUUUUUGUUAAAGUUUUUUUUUUUCAGAAAAAAAAGUGCACAUUAUCAAAAGGACUUUUAAUCACAGUAUUAUGUUCAAAUGUUUUAUAUAUUAUCAUAUAUUAUAUUUUAUUACAUAUAAAUUUUGAUAUCAAAGGUUUGUUAUUAAAGCAAUAUCUACAUGUUAUAGAGAGAGAGGGAGAGUAAAUAUCACACAAUA